GCCGGCUGCUGCCCGUGCUGCCAGAACUAUGAGGGUCCUCUCUGGCACUAGCCUCAUGCUCUGCAGCCUGCUGCUGCUGCUCCAGGCCCCGUGCAGCCCUGGCCUCGCCCCCCAGUCCACAGGCCAUCUCUGCCGGACGCGGCCCACGGACCUGGUGUUCGUUGUCGACAGCUCUCGCAGCGUGCGGCCUGUCGAAUUUGAGAAAGUGAAGGUAUUCCUGUCCCAGGUCAUCGAGUCGCUGGACGUGGGGCCCAAUGCCACCCGGGUGGGCAUGGUCAACUAUGCCAGCACCGUGAAGCAGGAGUUCUCGCUGCGGGCUCACGUCUCCAAGGCCGCACUGCUGCAGGCCGUGCGCCGCAUCCAGCCGCUGUCCACAGGCACCAUGACUGGCCUGGCCAUCCAGUUCGCCAUCACCAAAGCCUUCAGCGAUGCAGAGGGUGGUCGUUCCAGGUCCCCUGACAUCAGCAAGGUGGUCAUCGUGGUGACAGACGGGAGGCCCCAGGACAGCGUGCAGGACGUGUCUGCGCGGGCCCGGGCCAGCGGCGUCGAGCUGUUCGCCAUCGGAGUGGGCCGCGUGGACAAGGCCACGCUGCGGCAGAUCGCCAGCGAGCCGCAGGACGAGCACGUCGACUACGUGGAGAGCUACAGCGUCAUCGAAAAGCUGUCCAGGAAGUUCCAGGAGGCCUUCUGCGUGGUGUCAGACCUGUGCGCCACAGGGGACCAUGACUGUGAGCAGGUGUGCAUCAGCUCCCCGGGUUCCUACACCUGCGCCUGCCACGAGGGCUUCACUCUGAACAGCGACGGCAAGACCUGCAAUGUCUGCAGUGGUGGUGGUGGCAGCUCGGCCACUGACCUGGUCUUCCUCAUUGAUGGAUCCAAGAGUGUGAGGCCAGAGAACUUUGAGCUGGUGAAGAAGUUCAUCAAUCAGAUCGUGGAUACGCUGGACGUGUCAGACAAGCUAGCCCAGGUGGGGCUGGUGCAGUACUCAAGCUCUGUGCGCCAGGAGUUCCCCCUGGGUCGCUUCCACACCAAGAAGGACAUCAAGGCGGCUGUGCGGAAUAUGUCCUACAUGGAGAAGGGCACAAUGACCGGGGCUGCUCUCAAGUACCUCAUUGACAAUUCCUUCACUGUGUCCAGUGGGGCUAGGCCGGGGGCCCAGAAGGUGGGCAUUGUCUUCACUGAUGGCCGGAGCCAGGACUACAUUAAUGAUGCUGCCAAGAAGGCCAAAGAUCUCGGCUUUAAGAUGUUUGCUGUGGGUGUGGGCAAUGCCGUGGAGGAUGAGCUGAGGGAAAUAGCCUCAGAGCCCGUGGCAGAGCACUACUUCUACACGGCUGACUUCAAGACCAUCAACCAGAUAGGCAAGAAGUUGCAGAAGAAGAUCUGUGUGGAGGAAGACCCGUGUGCCUGCGAGUCCCUGGUGAAAUUCCAAGCCAAAGUGGAGGGGCUGCUGCAGGCCCUGACCAGGAAACUGGAAGCUGUGAGUAAGCGGCUGGCCAUCCUGGAGAACACAGUCGUCUAA